GUAAAUAGUUCCAAGACCGGGUGGCAGUCAAUGACACGCCCAGCUCCUUCUCCUCCAAGUAGGUAGCAAGUAUGUAGCCUGGGAGGGGCUAUUCAUGCACCCAUCGCUGCCCUCCAAACGGCCAUUCAACCGACUUCGAAAAGUUACCUACCUCUAUUCACACUCCCAUGCGAGUGAUACGGCGCGUAAAUCCCCUCACAAGCUAUUCUCCCUACCUUGUCUACGUCAUAACCCCGGGAGCGUAGUGCAUAGCGCUUCCCCGCCACACCCACCCAGGUACAUUCCCACGCACGAUGUCCCCGCCACCCUCCUCCUCCUCCUCCUCCCCCUCCUCCUCCUCCCCCUCCUCCGAAGACGCCUACACGCUCCUAAGCACAUACCUCCUCUCACCCACGCCACUGGAGAUAUCUCUCCUGCCCUCCAUCACCCCCUCAAUCCUCUUCACCCCACCCCACCUCGGUAUUCCAAAGCGCCAACUCCUCGACGCCUUCGCGCACGCACACGCGCUAUUCUUCCCCGCCUCCCCCGCAGCCGCCCCACCCGCCGCCCACGAUGUAGUCAGGCAGCAAGCGAGCCUCCUCCUCCUCCUCGCAAGCAGCGAGCACGUCACAGCGAUUAACGCGCGGAAGCGCCUUCUGCUCUCCGCCACUGAUGCCCCCAUUACCACACCGCCCGCACCGCCCGCAAUAACGCCGCAGCUAGAACUAUCACUAACGCACAGCCUUCUCACCAGCGCGCUGAUGCGGCACAAUAAGAGCCCCGCGAUAUGGGCGUACCGAAGGUGGUUGCUUAUUACGUUCCGCACUACUCUUCUUCCCGCCGCAGUGGAUAGAGAGCUCGGUGAGAAGCUAGGUAGGGAGCUCGCCAUAGUCAGGGCCUCGGCGGAACAGCACGCGAAGAACUACUACGCGUGGGAGCAUGCACGGUGGGCGGUGGGGUUUUUUGGCUCUGGCACUACCCACGGCGCCGACACACCCGCCGCCGACACCGCAGACAUGAGCGCAGACACCGCAGACACGAGCGCAGACAUGAGCGCAGACAUGAUUGCGCAACAGCUGCGCUGGUGCCGACAACACGUCUCGGAUGUUAGCGGCUGGACGUUCCUGGCGUGGGUACUUGAGCGCUCCGCUGCCGGUGUCGGGGCGGGUGCGGGUGCGAGGGAGGGUGUGCUCGCCGAGGUGCUGAAGUUUGCGGUUGUGGCGCCCGGUCAUGAGGCGCUGUGGGCGUUUGUUAGGAUUGUUGCUGUGGGAUUGGAGCGCGAGGCGUGGGAGAGGGUUUUGGUCAAGGGGGUGGGCGAGCGGGAGGGGGAGGGGGGUGGCGAGGGGGGGGGUGAAGAGAGGGAAAGGGAUAGAGUACUGAGGGAAAAGGCGGUUGCGUGGGUUGCCAAAUGGGGCGGUGGACGGACUAAAGCGGCAGAGCACGGAGGACAUAACCAUAGCUGAUGAAAUUCUAGAUUGUGAUUCUCGAUGAUUGG